ACAAGAUAUUACGAACAACAGGGCAUGAGGAGAGAUUCAUAGGAAGGAACGAGUUGAAGGUCUUUUAUUUCUUACGAAAGCAAAUCUCUCAAAACGAGUGAAGUAUGUCAAACAGUUUGUGUUUGAGUCCAGGUUGGCAAAUAUUUAAUUUAAGGGAAUGCUUGGAUUUUCUUCUAAUGCACUGGGGUGUGUUGUGAGCGCUGAGCAACAGGUGGCGCAGUGCGGUUCCCCGGCGUCCCCGCUCCCCGCCGGCCCAUCUUGGCCGGAGUUUGCGGCCUUUUCGCCGCGGAGGAGUGAUAGAUGGCGGCGGGGUGACUGUGAGCUGAGCUAGCGGGCACUACCAAGAAAUGGCUGGACGUUAUUUAAAGACCUGACCGGCUGCUGAGGUUCCGGAGCCGAGUGCAACAUGGCCGGCCUCAUCAAGAAACAAAUCCUGAAACACCUGUCCAGGUUUACAAAGAAUCUCUCACCUGAUAAAAUCAACGUAAGUACACUAAAAGGAGAAGGUCAGCUGACAAACCUGGAACUGGAUGAGGAAGUGCUCCAAAAUGUGCUGGAUCUGCCCACUUGGCUGGCUAUUACCAGGGUAUACUGCAAUAGGGCAGCCAUUAGAAUACAAUGGACAAAGCUGAAGACUCACCCCAUUUGUCUGUUUCUCGAUAAAGUGGAGGUAGAAAUGAGAACUUGUGAGGAACCUCGACCCCCAAAUGGACCAUCUCCAAUUGCCAUUACAGCAGGUCAAAGUGAAUAUGGCUUUGCAGAAAAGGUGGUGGAAGGAAUGUCGAUUGUGGUGAACUCCAUUGCAGUUAAAAUUGAAGCAAAAGCUUUCAAUACUUCAUUUGAACUGUGGCAACUCCAAGGCUAUAGUGUGAAUCCCAAAUGGCAACAGAGUGAUCUCCGAUUCACAAGAAUUACAGAUCCAGAGCGAGGGGAGGUUUUGACUUUUAAGGAAAUAAAUUGGCAGACACUCCGUAUUGAAGCUGAUGCAAUCCCAGGCGAUCAGAGCAUUAUCAGUACGCCACUUAGACUAAUUACCAACCAGUCAAAAAUAAAACUUGUACUCAAGAGAAGGGUGAAAGAUUGCAAUGUGGUGGGCUCGAAGUUAAUGUUCCUUUUGGAUGAUUUGCUAUGGGUGCUUACUGACUCCCAGCUGAAAGCAAUGAUUGAAUAUGCACAGUCACUCAGUGAGGCCAUGGAGAAUUCAGCCAAGCAGCGGAAGAGAAUGGCUCCAGACACUGAAGGGACAAUUGGAUCAAUGCCUAGUGUCCAUCAGACGCGAACCCAACCAGCUUCUUCAAGCAGCAGUUUGAACAGUAUUAGUCAGUAUUUUGAUAUGUAUGAUGUGAAAGAAUCAUCCUAUCACAGUCAUAUCUCGCGCCUGGAUUUGCACAUUUGUGAUGAUGGUGCCUCUACGGAACAAGGAGGAUCUAAACAUCGAAUUGCUGGAGGAGCUAUACAGUUAACAUUCAGAAACUUGAGCCUCGAUUAUUAUCCCUUCCACUGGGCAAAUGAUAGUUGCAAACAUUGGGUUAGACAUUGUGAAACAAUGGAAGCUAGAACACGCUGGGCCAAAGACCUGCUUCAAGAGUUUCAGUCCAAAGUGCAGACAGUAAUAGAUCAUCAUGAGGAUGCAACAGUUGUAAGAUCACCAACAAAAGAAUCUCCUGGCAAAAGAAAGGCAGGGUCACCAACUCGAAAAGUAAUUGCUGGCAAAAGACGUGCAAGUGAUCAGUCGGCAUCAGCUGCUAAUUCUGAUUCUCGGCAACCGCCAUGGAACAGGCUGCGCUCCAGCUGUGUGGUCAUCCGCAUUGAUGACUUGGAUGUUUAUCAGGUGUCAGCUGCAGGUCAGCAUAGCAAGAAGCCAACAACGUUACUUUCCUGCAACAGGACAUCUUACCAUCUUCCAGCUGGCAUGUCAGCAAUUCACAUUGAAUUCACCGAAUACUAUUUUCCUGACAGUAAAGAAUUUCCUGUGCCUUCUCCUAAUCUUUAUGUAAAGCUCAAUGCCUUGCAAUUUACACUGGAUCCAGUCAGCAUGCUGUGGAUGAACUCCUUCUCUUUGGAUUUGUAUCAGACACUACAGCAGUUUAAAGCCAUUUAUAAACUGAAUAAUUCUGUGAAAGUGGAUGAACAUGUUGACUUUUGUAUGAACGGACUCAUGUUGAAGUUCAUUAUUCCUGUGGACAAGAAGGUAAUGGCUCAUCCAGACAGACCACAAUACCUCACCAUUCAGACUUCAGAUGUUGUAGCUACAAACACCCGUCACUCUCUAAAUUGCACACACUCCGAUCUCCAAAUGGUGCUAAAAGCCUUCAAAGACUUUGAAUUCUUUCAUGUGUCAUAUAAAGAGUUCCCUAAAUAUGCAGACAGUUUUGAUGUGCUGCAAAAUGUUUUCUUCCUUCAUGCUUUUGAGCAACAAAUCAAUAUGGACAGAAUACACACACAAAAGAACUGCACCUAUGAUGUAUUGAAGACAUUGUCAGCUGCAGACAUUUGGUCGCUCCAUUUUUCCCUGCUGUGGUUGGACUUUGAAGGCAUGGAGAGUUCAAAGGGCAAGCCUUGGAAUUUUGUGGAUGCCUUUCCCCUUUCCAUUUGGGUGUCCCAACCAUCUAAGUUUCAGAAAGCCAAGGAAUUAUCCAGCCAUUCUGCAUCUGAAUAUAGCACUGAUUUAGAGGAUUGCAACACUAGUUUGGGCCACAAACUGAAUUUGCUCAGUUGCAAAGAAUCCCUUGGAAAUGGAUUACAGGCUAAUACAAAGCAGGAUUUUAUGGGAGCAGAUGUGCUCAGAUCUUCUAAAGGGAUUGGAGAGCAAGGAAAAUUGAGAGAAGCCAGCACAAAGGAUGAUUCUGAGGCAGAUGUACAUGUUCUAGUGUACAGCACUGCCCAUGUAAAAGCACAUAUAAACCAUUACCAUUACCUUGUUCUACUCAGAUUGAAGGAGUGUCUCAUUCAGCUACAGGAGGACCUCAACCAGGAUGUGGAAAAGUUGACUAAAAAUCCAGUUAAAUCUGGCAGUACUUGCAUAGGGUUGUUGAUAAAGAGUGCAGAAAUUGCUUUACUGCUUCAUCCUGUACCAGCCAGUCAUGAUGAUGUCAAAUCCCGGGAAUCUGAAAGCACAAGUCUCGCUGAGUCAGAACUUUCACCUUCUGGAAGUAAAGAGAGUCUGAUCAUGGAGGUCAAACCUUUGAACAGAGCAACAACUGAUCAACUGGACACUACCAUUAAUUCUAUGGAUGACAGUGGGAUUCACAAUGGGGAUUUAAGUAUUGCCACCUCAUUAGAUCUUGGUGUUUUGUCGCAAGAUGGUAUGCUUGUGAGCAGUGCUCCUGUUUCUAAUGCUAAAGAGGUAGCGGAAAAAGGACUUGUGGAGGAAGCAUUUGAAGCAGUGGAGUCACUAGAGGCUGAACAUUCUGGAGAUGUCAUUGAUCACUCUACGUCUCACCCCACUUUAGCCACAAGCACACCUUUGAUUUUAGACCCACAAAGAAAGAGCAGAUCAUCUGUUGAUAAUGUCCAGACUGAUCCUGUUCCAUUUGAGGAUGUUGAUUCAACGCCAUUGACUGUAACCAAGGAUGUUGCAAAAGAAGCUCUGCUCAUAACUGUGGAUUUCACUAAAGAAGCUGUUUGUCUCACAAAAGAUGCUUUCAGUCUCAGCAAGGAAAAGAUGGCAAGCACAAUGCAAAAGAUGCUUUCUCUGUCAUCCUCUAGAGAACAGCUAUCAAAAGGAGAAGAUGGUUUAACCUCUUCUUUAUCCAGCACCAAACUGCGAUUUUUAAACCUGAAACGCACCAACUCGCAGCAUUCCCUCGACAGUACGUCAUUUGACGGAAGCCUGACAGAAGAUCGAAUAUCUGUGGACAGUGACAGCAGUGAGAAGUAUGUUAUCCUCCUCGAAGCAGAAUCUGGACAGGAAUCUCUUCCCCAAGAUACCUGCAUUGAUAGGGCAGGUGGAAUGGGCAGCAGUCAGAGUCUACCAGAGUUUGUAGAUGGAGGACAUGGAGCACAAGGCUUUCAUAAACCUUCCGCAAUGACAAAUUCAUCAACUCAAAGUGAGGAUGAUUCUAAUGCUGAACAGGCUUCUGUGUUGUUGCUGAAGAUAUUUGACUUAAAUUGUGGAAUUGAUAUAAGAGGUGAUGAUCUUUUCGUUGGUGUUGAAGCGAAAGAAGUGAUUCCUGAUCAGUUGGGCAACUUGGGAGUGCAGCAGUUUCUGAGCAGCCGUACAACGGGUUUUCAGAAAGCCUGCUCUCUGGAGUCAAAGAGAAACCAACCUGCUGUGUGCUUGAGAUUCGAGUCUGGACCACACUUGUCGGUUCACUCUCCACUUGCCGUCAAGAAUGGAUUUUUGCAAUUCCAUAUCAAUAAUUACAACACAGAGCUGCUGAUGUCAUCUCUCACAAACCUGGGCCCUUUCUUGGAGGAUGAGAUCAUUCCAGCUGUGAUUCCAAUGAAGAUAGAACUUUUCAACUGCAGAAUAACUCUGAAGGAUGAUGGCCCACGAUUAUAUGCUACAUCUCCUGGUCCUGUACCUGUGCAUCUUGAUGUUGAUCACCUUAUGGUUCAGCGGAUUGAUGACGGGACUUUUUGUAUAAGGGGUAAGUUGUUGACUUUUUGAAUAUAAUCUGUGUGC